UUGGGGUAUGGAAUUGAUAGGAUUGUUUAACUUGGAGUCGUAGAGUUUCACAGCGGGAAACAAGCCCUGAGGCCCAACAGGUUCAUGUCAACUUGUGUCAAUAUUGUCAACUAAAGAAUCGGUUUUGACUUCCUGUGACUUUGAAGACAUUGGAGACCCAGAGAAAACAAACUAUUGUUAUUUUUUUUAAGUGUGGCUACUUGAUCAAUUGAUCUAUAUUUUCCCAUCGUUGCCCAUUGGACAACACACUCAAAAUGCUGGCAGAGCUCAGUGUUAUGUAUUUAAUAUUUCAGUAAUAUUUGAGUAACCUUGUAAACAUAUUGUUUGAUUAAGCACUCUUGUUCCUUUAACUAAUUCACUCUGGGUUAUAUGUAUGAGUAUAUGAAUUGCAUAUAUCAUCGCGCUACCAGGCGAUACUAACGCGUCUUGCUUAAAGUAAACUCGAAGUUGGAACAGCAUUGCGGACUCCCGUGCCUUCCUUUGAAUUAGUUUAUUCUUUUGAAGUUAUUGUUUGAAGGUUUAAUAUUUGAUGGUGAUUGUAGUGAUGACUUGUAGCAGACUGAAAAGCUUGAGCAUGUAGCUAUUAAGAAAGAGGAUGUGCUGGAGCUUUUGGAAAGCAUCAAGGUCACCGGGACGGAUGAGAUGUACCCCAGGCCUCUGUGGGAGGCGAGGGAGGAGAUUGCUGAGCCUCUGGCAAUGAUCGUUGCAUUAUCAAUGGGGACAGGAGAGGUCCCGGAUGUUGUUCCUUUAUUCAAGAAAGGGAGUAGAGAUAGCCCAGGAAAUUAUAGACCAGUGAGUCUUACCUCAAUGGUUGGUAAGUUAAUGGAGAAGAUCCUGAUAGGCAGGAUUUAUGAAGGGGUAUAAUAUUAGGAAUAGUCAGCAUGGCUUUGUCAAGGGCAGGUCGUGCCUUACGAGCCUGAUUGAAUUUUUUGAGGAUGUGACAAAACACAUUGAUGAAAGAAGAGCAGUAGAUGUAGUGUAUAUGGAUUUCAGCAAGGCAUUUGAAAAGGAACCCCAUGCAAGGCUUAUUGAGAAAGUAAGGAGGCAUGAAAUCCAAGGGGACAUUGCUUUGUGGAUCCGGAACUGACUUGCCCACAAAGGCAAAGAGUGGUUGUAGACGGGUCAUAUUCUGCAUGGAGUAGAGUGCCUCAGGGAUCUGUUCUGGGACCCUUCCUCUUUGUGAUUUUUAUAAAUGACCUGGAUGAGGAAGUGGAGGGAUGGGUUAGUAAGUUUGCUGAUGACACAAAGGUUGGAGGUGUUGUGGAUAGUAUGGAGGGCUGUCAGAGUUUACAGCGGAACAUUGUUGGGAUGCAAAACUGGGUUGAGAAGUGGCAGAUGGAGUUCAACCCAGAUAAGUGUGAAGUGGUUCAUUUUGGUAGGUCAAAUAUGAUAACAGAAUAUAGUAUCAAUGGUAGUGUAGAGGAUCAGAGGGAUCUUGGGGUCCGAGUCCAUAGGAUGCUCAAAGCGGCUGCGCAGGUUGACUCUGUGGUUAAGAAGGCAUAUGAUGUAUUAGCCUUUAUCAAUUGUGGAAUUAAAUUUAGGAGCCAAGAGGUAAUGUUGCAGCUAUAUAGGACCCCAUUUGGAGUACUGUGCUCAGUUCUGGUCACCUCACUACAGGAAGGAUGUGGAAGCCAUAGAAAUGGUACAGAGGAUAUUUACAAGGAUGUUGCCUGGAUUGGGGAGUAUGCCUUAUGAGAAUAGGUUGAGUUUCUCCUUGGAGCAACGGAGAAUGAGGGGUGAUCUGAUAGAGUUGUAUAAGACGAUGAGAGGCAUUGAUCUUGUGGAUAGUCAGAAGCUUUUUCCCAGGGCUGAAAUGGUUGCCACAAGAGGACACAGGUUUAAGGUGCUGGAGAGUAGGAACAGAGGAGAUGUCAGGGGUAAGUUUUUUACUCAGAGAUGGUGAGUGCAUGGAACGGGCUGCCAGCAACGGUGAUGGAGGUGGAUACGAUAGGGUCUUUUAAGAGACUUUUAGAUAGGUAUAUGGUGCUUAGAAAAAUAGAGGGCUAUAGUUAAGCUUAGUAAUUUCUAAGGUAGGGACAUGUUCGGCAUAACUUUGUGAGCUGAAGGGCCUGUAUUGUGCUGUAGGUUUUCUAUGUUUCUAAAACAUUCCACUGAGUAUGUCAGUCAGCAUCUUUGAGGGGAAUAAAAAGUUCUUAAAGUGGCCCCACAAUCUGUAUCAGGUCGACACAGUAUAUUGCAGGGCGAAUUUGGCAGUCAUUGGUUAUAUCUGGUGUUCUCAGUGCAGCCUCCUCUACGUUGGUGAGACCCAACACAGAUUGGGGUGGGGGGGGGCACUUCAUCGAGUACCUUCAUUCUGUUCAAUGCAAAAAGGUAGGAUCUUCCAGUGGUUACCCUUUGAAAUUCAACUUCCCAUUCCUAUACUGGCAUGAUGAGGCCAAACACGGGCUGGACGAGCAACACUUCAUAUUCCGUCUGUGUAGCCUCCAGUUUAAUGGCACAAACAUCUAUUCUGGUUACCCUUGCACCCCUUUUCACCUUCCCAUCAGCUCUCUCUGGUACCCCUCCUCAUUCCCUUCCUUUCAUAGUCUGAUAUCUUCUCCUAUUUUUUCUUCUUCAAUGCUUUACCUCUUCCACCUACCAUCUGCCAGUUUAAUUCAUCACUCCCUCCCUCUCUCACCCACCUAUGCCCCCCUUCAUUUGGUCUCUCCCACAGUUACCUUAUUCUGGUUUUGCCUCUUGCCUUUCCAGUCCUGCUGAAGGGUCUCAGCCAGAAACAUCACUGUUUAUUCCUUCUAUAGAUUUUUUUCCCCAGGAGCACAGGAGAAUAAGGGAAGAUACAAAAUUAUGAGAGAUUUAGAUAAGGUAAAUGCAAUGAUAGAGAUCUAGAAGAUCAUAAGGCUAGCAGGAAGGAGCUUAAGGAUGAAAUUAGGAGAUCCAGAAGGGGCCAUGAGAAGGCCUUGGCAGACAGGAUUAAGGAAAACCCCAAGGCAUUCUACAAGUAUGUGAAAAGCAAGAGGAUAAGACGUGAGAGAAUAGGACCAAUCAAGUUUGACAGUGGAAAAGUGUGCAUGGAACUGGCGGAGGCAACAGAGAAUUCUAUGAGGAUGAUGGACAGCCUACAGUACUGCACGUGGUGAAAAAGGUUCAACGCCGCAUCAUCAAUGAUCCAACAUUAAAUCAUGAAUAUCUACCUGAGCUAGGGCUCUCAGAAUUCAACAGGGCAGUUACUGCUUUAUUACUAGGCAAAGGCUGCACUGCUAUUGUGGAAAGGAGGGCAUUCACAAUAGAACAAGGGAAUAUGAUCAAAUCAAUGAAAAACUACACACAAAGACUAACAAGCAACCAAUGUGAAAAAAGAUGACAAAUUACGCAAAUAUAAAAAAAUACUAAUACUCAAAAAUAAAUAAGUAAACAAAUAAUACUGAGAAUAUUAAGUUCUGGAAUCCUUGAAAGUGAGUCUAUAGGUUGUGUACAGUGGUACUUUCAGUGUUGUGGUGAGUGAAGCUAUCCCCUCUGGUUCAACAGCCUGAUGGUUGAAAGGUAAUAACUGUAACUGAACUUAGUGGUUCAGGACCUAAAUCUUCAGUACCACCUACCUGAUUGUAGUAGUGAGAAGAGAGCAGGGCCUGGAUGAUGGGGAUCCUUGAUAAUGGAUGCUGCUUUCUUGUAGCAGUGCUCUUUAUAGAUGUGUUUCUGGUUGGGGAAGAUCAGAUAAUUUUGUGGGUCCACACUCGUCUAAGAGUGUCUUAAUGAAGUCUUUGACAAUGUGAUGUAUUCAUUCUGGUCCUUUGAAGAGUCCUCUAACCCUAACACUAAUUCUUUGGAUGUAUUGUCUGAUUUAUAAAACAAAGUUGCCAAAUGUAAUUUUUAAAAAGAAGAUUAUUAUUUUGAACAAGAGUCCUGAUGAAGGGUCUUGGUGGCCUGCUGGGUUCCCCCAGCAUUUUGUAUGAUUAUCAUUUUGAAUGAAGGUUUUUUUAUCUGGAACUCAGAAUCAGGUUUAAUAUCACUGGCAUAUGUUAUGAAAUUUCUUGUUCUGUGGCAGCAGUACAAUGCAAUAUAUAAUAAAAGCUAUAAAUUGGAAAAAGAAAUAUACAUAAAAGAUUAAGUAGUAGUGCAAAAACAUUUAAAACCGUGCACAGGAGUGUAAUUUCUCACACUGGUAUACUGCAACUUAUCUCAAGACAACUACAUCCACAGUAUGGAUAUUCCUCUGUGUUCCAUUGAAUCAAUCAAAAUGAAUUUUGGAAGUGUAACAUCAAGCACAAGUGUUAUCAUAUUGCAUUAUCUAGGAGAAAUCUCUAUCCUUACAAUUCCUUCAUGGAAGCAACAUUAAUCAAAGUUGAUUAUAAAAAGCUGUGUGUGGUGAGCUGUAAGUUUACAUACUGAUAUUUGUGCUUUCAGCACUCAAGCACCAUUUUCCAGAAUUCUCUUUCUAACACCUAACCAAUUCCCACUGGCUCUUUGAACCCUAUUACCUUGCCAUGCUUUUGAUAACCUCUAGACUUUAGCCUCAAUGUCUCAUUAUAUGCAUUAAUAAAACAACUUUUUAUUGCUUCAGGGUGUUAAUGUGACUAAUUAAAGCAAAGAUAUUUUGACUUUGUUCAUUGAUCCAAUCAUAGGAAAACUAGUGGUUGCUUUAAAUGUGGUACUUUCUACUGACCGGCAGAAACAUAAACUAUCAGAGGCUUGGGAAGUGUAUUGUCUUAAUGGUGGAUGAAGGCUACAUAGGAAGGUCUCCAUAAAAUGGGGAUAAAGGCUAAGAAAGUCAUUCAGAUUUCUUAUUGUGUCUCCAAUAUCUCUCAGGCUGAUAGUAUACAGGUACCUGGAGGCAAAAGUGCUUUGUUCAUCGGUGCCCAGUUUCUCCGUAAGUGGUACAACAUGAUCUCUUCUAAGACAGCUAGAGUGUAUGUCUCCAUCCCUUACUGGGAACAUCAUGCAUCAGCCUUCUUUAAAGUUGGAUUUGAAGUUUAUAGCUACCGUUACUGGAACAAUGAUAAGCUUUGCUUGGCUUUACCCCAGUUACUGGAGGACCUUGAGAAAGCUCCUGAUUACUCCAUAGUGUUGUUAAACGUUGUAGCUCAUCAGCCAACAGCAAUUGAUCCAACUCCAGCUGAAUGGAUGCAGAUCGCAGAGGUUAUGAAGAGAAAGAACCAAUUUCCUUUCUUCUACUCAACUGCACAAGGCUUAGCUACGGGGGAUGUGCAGAGGGAUGCCUGGCCAGUGCGAUAUUUUGUCAAUGAACGCUUCGAGCUAUUUUGUGCCCAGUCAUUUUCCAAGAAUUUCACCUUGUACAGUGAAAGAGUUGGAAGCCUAACAAUAGUUACAAGGAAUAAUCACACUCUGAUCACUAUCCGAUCACAAAUAGAAGAACUGGCACGACAUACGUGGUCAAAUCCUCCAUGGAUUGGAGCCCAUAUCGUAGCAACAGUUCUGAAUAACCCAGCCUUCUUCACUGAGUGGCAGGAAAAUCUGAAGAAAAUGGCUGAGCGCCUGAUGCUGACUAAAGAGAAAUUGAAGGAAGAGUUGCGGAUACUGGGAACACCAGGAUCUUGGGAACACAUUACCAAGCAGGUUGGCUUGUAUAUCUUUCCUGGAUUCACAGGUUCUCAGAUUAACUACUUGAUGAAAAAGCUGCGUAUUUACAUCUCAUCUGAUGCACAGAUCAACAUCAGUAAUGUGAACAGUCAAAACCUUGCCUACCUGGCGAGCUGCAUUCACGAGGCGGUGGUCUCCAGUUCUGAAGAUAGUCCAGUCAGCACAUUAAACAAUUAAUGUUCAAUUUCAUUGUUUAAAUAUUCACUUUUCAUGUUGGCUUUACGUAAUGUGAUAAAAUGGACUAUUUCUAAUCACAUUGAUAUUUAAAUGAGCUUUAUUAGAGUUACAAAAGAACAAUUAAAGGCAUGUUAACAGAGUCAAAGUUGUCUCAGUAAUAGGAAACAGGAGGUGAUAGUGGCGGGGUGCUUUGAAUGGAAGUCUAUAGGGAUCAGUCCUUUGAAUUUUGCUUUUUGUUAUAUACAUCAACAAUUUGGAUAUGGAUUGGGGGGUGUAAUUAGCAAGUUUGUAGAUGACACAAAUUUUGGUGGCAUUGUUAAGGAGGAGGUUACAGAGCAAUACUGAUCAACUUAGCAAGAAAUAGCAGCUGUAAUUUAAUCGCAAUAAGUAUGAAGUGAUUAUAAUUGGGUUUAGAAUUAGCUUGCCCACAGAAGGCAGAGGGUGGUAGUAGAUGGAACAUAUUCUGCCUGGAGGUCUGUGGCCCCUGUUCUGCUUGAUUUUUAGAAAUGACUUGGAUGGGAAGGUAAUUUUGUAGUUGACAUGGUGUGGAUAAGCUAAAUGUUGUCAUAGGUUAGAAUGUGACAUUGAUUAGAUGAAGAGCUGGGCUGAGAAGUAGGCAGAUGGAGUUCAAUCAGGAGAAAUAUGAAUUGUUACACUUUAGAAUGUUGAAGGCAGAGUACAAGGUCAUUGGCAGGAUUUUUUAGCAGUUUAGGUGAAUAAAGGGUUCUUGGGGUCCACGUCCAUAGAUUCCUCAAAGCUGCCACGCAAGUUGUUAAGAUGACAUCAAGUGCGUUGACCUUCAUUAGUUGGUGAUUUGAAUUCCAAAGCCAUAAGGUAAUGUUGCAGCUCUAUAAAACUCUGGUUAGACCAGACUUGGAGUAUUGUGUUAAGAUACUGCCUCAUUAUAGGAAUGAUGUGAAAGCCUUAGAGAGAGUGCAUAGGAGAUUUACCAUGAUGAUGCCUGGAUUAGAGAGCAUGUUUGAUGAGGAAAGGUUAAGCGAGCUAAGAUGUUUCUGUUUGAAUCAAAGAAGCAUGAGAGAUGGCCUGGUAGAGGUGUAUAAAAUUAUAAGAGGGAUUGAUAGACUAGACAGCUAGAGAAUGUUUUCCAGGAUGGGAGUGGUUAAUAAAAGGGGAGAUACUGUAAUUUUAAGGUGACUGGAGGAAGCUAUAGGGGAGUUUGUCAGAAAAAGUAUUUUUUACAUAGGGGAACCUGCUGCCAGGGGUGGUGGUAGAUGCAGAUACAUUAUGGACAUUUAAGAGACUCUUAGAUAUGCACAUGGAUGAGAUGAUAGAAAAAUGGAGGGCUAUGUAAGAGUGAAAGGGUUAGAUUGAUUAUGGAGUAGGUUAAAAGACUGGCAUGUCUAGGACAGAAGGGCCUGUACUGUUCCAUGUCUAUGAUGAUGGUGGAGGCAGGUACUCACAACGUUUCAAAAUUAUCUGGGUAAGUGCCUGAAUCAUUGAAUAAUUAGAAGGGUUUGUGUUGGUAAAUGCAAUGAGUUUGGUUGGAUUAUUGAUGGACAGCAUGAAUCUGGUGAGCUGAAAGUCUUGUUUCUGUGCUAAAUGCUUCUGCCAUCUCAAAUUCAUGAUUCAGUUUUUGCAGGCUGAAGCAGUUGCCACUGAAACAAUGAAAGACAUUGACAUAUUUGGUA